AUGGGGAGCAGGCUUGGCAAAAGGAAGCGUCUUGGUGUGCCUGACAAAUCUACAGACCAGAAGGCUGAGAGGGCAGCCAUGGAGAUGGAAGGGACCCCACAAGAGACACCUGAGACCCAUCGUGCUGCAGAGACUGCACUAGAUGCCACCCAAGUGAUGGGCAAGGCUGACUGCUCUGAAGAUCCUGCACCAAGGACCACAGAAGAGAUUGCGAGUCAGACUGCCACAGAGCAUGGUGAGGACCAGCCUAGUGCAGAGACCACUGAAGGGAGUGAGUCACAGCCAGAAGCAAAGCUGCCACCAGCAGUCCCCCAAACCACUGAGACCCAGCUUGACACAGAGACCUCAGAGCACACUAGUGAGGCACAGCCUGUUGAGGGGAGCUCACUAGAUCCCACAGAUGAGACUGAAGCUGCCACGGAGCACUAUGAGUCUUCUCCUAUUGAAGAGACCACAGAGGUGACUGAAACACGACUUAAUGUGCUACAUGACCAAGGGACUGAGGCCCAGUUAGCUGGUGAGAUUCAGCCCAUCGAUAUUGGUGUAUUGAAGACUGAGGAUCAGCCUACUGCAUGGAGCAGAGAAGAAACUGAGGUGCCAGUUGCAAUGCCAACCAGGCAAGAGGCUCUCGGAGAGGCAGAGCCUGCUGCACAGAUCCCCCAAAUGAUUGAGGCAGAGUCUAUUGUAGAGACUACACUAGCCUCCACGGAAUUGAUAGCAGCUCAGCUUGCUGUGCAGGACACACAGCUAGGUGAGAUGCAACUUGCUGAAAUGGGUGAGUCCCAGAAAGUAACUGAUCAUGCUGAGAACUGUUCUACUGCAGAGCCAGUGGAGGUGACUGAGGCACAACCUGCUUCCCCAAGUGCACACAAGAUCCUCCAAGACACCAAGGGGCUCCAGCCUCUUGCAGAGAGGUCUCUAGAGCCCACCGAAGUGAGUGAGGUGCAUAGUAUUGCACAGACUACGGAGGAGACCAAUGAGGGCCAGAAAAUUGCACAGGCCACAGAGGCUGAAGUCUGCUCUAUUGAAGAGACUUCUGAGAAGACCACAGAAAUAAUGAUUGGGGCACACUCUGCUGCAGUGACCAAAGGAGAGUCUGGUGAGGCUCAACCCAUUGAGCCUCCUAGCAUUGCAGAAGUGGCUGAGACACAGAACGCUGCUGAUAACAGUGAGGACCAACCUUGGUCAGAGACCACAGAGGUGACUAAAACCCAGCCUACCGCACUACAUGCACAAAAGAGCAAAGCAGUGGCUGGUGAGGACCGGCCUGCCUUUGAGACAUUGGAGAUAAUGACGGACUCCCAGCCUAGAAUGCUAGGCAAGCCAGAGACUGAGGCCCACAAGACUGUACAGAGCACAGAAGAAACUGGCAAGGGACAAACUGCUCUGCCAGCCAUGCAAGGCAUCCUGCAAGAGACACUGCCUACUGGUGAAGCCCAGCAAGCUGUAGAGAUCCUAGAGAGCCUGCAUGUGACUGGUGGAGCCCAACGUCUUGCAGAGACGGAGUCCCAGAAUACCACAGAGAAAGGUGAGGCCUAUCCUAUUCCAGAGACUGAGGCAGCAUCUGUCCCAAACCCAGAGACUCCUGAGGAGGCGGGUGUGUGGCCGACAGCAGAAGCAGCCAAGGGGAAAUCUACUGAAGACAUGGCACUAGACACUGCAAAAGUAAGUGAGGCUCUGCCUGCUGGGGAAAACCAGGACCAUCCUAACACCGAGGUAAGAGAAGCGAUGGUGGUACAGGCUGCUGGCACAGACACACAGAGUCCCCGAGAGACUGAGACCGUGAAGGAGACUGUGACCCAGUCUACUGAAUGGAGCACGCCAGAGGGGGGUGGGACUCGGCCUACCAUAGAAGCAGCUCAGGUGCAAACUGCUGCACCUAAUGUACAAAAGUCUGAGCCUGCUACAGAGACUCCAGCAGGUAACAGUGAGUCCUGUCCUGUUGUGCAGGCCACAGAAGAGAUGGCAGUGCCUCCUGUUGCAGAGACAGAGAUACAAAUUGCUGCCCCAGCCACACAAGAGCUACCCCGAGACUCGAGUGAGACAGUCUCUUGCACAUGCAGCCCAAUAGGCCGUGAGGUUCAGUCUGCUGCACAGACCACUGAAGUGUACGCAACAGCACGAACCAUUCUAAAGUUUAUCCAAGAGACCAGUGAGGCGGCUGCUGCUAAGACCACAGAAGAAACUGAAGCCUGUCCUAUUCCAGGGACUGUGCUAGAGACCCCAAAAGAGGCUGAGUCUCUGCAAUCGUUGACAGAGACCACAGAACUAAAGUUUGAAAAGAGGGGUCAAGAUCCUCAAAUCCCAGCUAAUAUAACUGAAGACCAGGCAGGAGGGGAACGUGCAGCAAUAAGCAAGAAAGAAAUUCUGAAAGCUUCUGAGCCCAAGAUCUCUGUAGAUGCUGAGUCAAAACUACAGCAGUACACUGAGCAAGAAGACCCAGUCGCUUCUCUUGGUGCCAGCUGUGAGCUCCCUCAGACACUGGAGCCCAGUAGUGAGACACAUGCUUUCCAGCCCCUGGCAUCCCUAGUGACUGCAGUAAAUGAGAGAAGAGUCCAAGGGGAGCCUAAACAGAUUCUUUCAGCUUCUGAAACCCAAGGCACAAAGAGUGAAAUGGCCCUUCAUUCAGUCUAUGGACCUAUUGGCAGUGAAGCUGUGCCUUCAAAGGAGAUGUUUGCAAGAGAAGCACCUGACCUUAUUCCUAUGGUCUGA